UAUAUAAGUCACAGUCUACGGUCCCACACCCAGUCCUCCUGCUGCUCUGCCAUCAACUACUCUGAGGGUCAUCAAGAACCAUGGUGUCCAGAAGCUUUGCUGCCGUCUUCAUUUUUGAACUCCUGUUCUCAGACUUAGAAGGACUCACAGGUUUCAUCGGCAUAUUAGUCUUCCUCCUCCUCCUCCUCCUGUGCUUAAAGUCAGGGGCCCACAUGAACUCCGGCCUGUGGCUGUGCCAGCGAGCACCCAGAUGCGGGAACCAGAUGUACAACCCCACGGAGAAAUGCUGUGAUCAUGACACCAUCCUGCCCCUCAACCGGACCAACCUCUGUGGCCCCGGCUGCACGUUCUGGCCCUGCUUUGAGCUCUGCUGUCCCGAGUCCUUUGGCCCCCAGAAGAGAUUUGUUGUGAGACUGAAGGUUCUAGGCAUGAAGUCACAGUGCCCUACCUCUCCCAUCUCCAGAGUCUGUCCCAACUUAUGAGGGACAACCCGGCCAUCCUAUUGGAACCUUGGAACAUCUGGCUAAAGGCAUGCACCCUAAGAUAUGAGAGGAAAUGGGUGGGUGGCAUAGUUUUCAAGUGAUAAAACCAUGUCCUAGAUUCUGGUGGGGUUAGAUGUGUUCUUUCUGAAUUUCCUGAGGCAACUUGCUGAGGAAUGAUUACACAGGAACGUCUCUCUGCUCCUAAAGCCACCCCCCCUCGCCCCCGCCCACAGCGAUCAGGGUCUCCUCAGUCGGCCUAAGUGUCCUCUCUCUCCUCUGGGUCAGGGUUCUUCUCUCUUCAAGGGGACAGGAGUGAGGGUGGGAGGUGGAUAGUCCUCCCUGUGGGGGAGACGACCCAGCCCCAGAGCCACCUCAUAUUUCCUGCAGCUCCAAUGGGGAGGGUGGAAGCUGCCCUGAGGAGCUGGGGCAUUGCUGGGUUAAAUGAUAAACAUCUAAAUAUUUUUAAAUAGUAUACAAUACUCAAACAUUGGUUGCUAGACACAAUUUAAUUCGCCUGCUCUUAGUUUUUAUUACAGAAGGUCUCCUGUACUUUGUUGAAUGUAUAUUUUCUUGAUAGGAAGUGUGUUGGUAAAUGUCAAUCUAAGAAAUGUUGGCUGUUUACUUUUUGGUUAUCAUGGAAAAAAUAAGGUUUCUAAGAGUGAAGAAUCCUAAUAUAUUUUAAGGAAAAAAGAAAUAAAAGGUCUGUACAAGUUGCUGAAGGUAUGACAGAAAGAAAGAAUAUUAGAGUCGAAAUACUUAAUGGAAGGUCUGAGGCAUGGUUAUGCAUUUUUGAAGGACGUAGAAAGAAGGUUUGAAGGCUAAUUUGAAAGUGUGAAAUUUGUGAAGGUUGCAUAUGUGAUGAGAAGAAAACGAGAAAUGUUAAAAGAAGGAAAUAAGUUCUAAAGUUAACUAUUUACAAGAAAUAUAAAAGGGCCAGUUUACUCUGAUCAAGAAAGUAAGGUUUCAGCCUCCAAGCCUGGCAGGACAAGGUUGCUGGAUUCUUCUUAAACUAAACCAGAAUAUUCAGCAGCAGAAUUUAAAGAUAAGAGUGUGCAUAAUGCCUCAGACCACCAUCCAGCCUGCUCUUCAGAUUGGCUGGGGUGGUGGUGGUGGUGGGGGGGAGAGAUCUGUACUUAAUGGGUCAAAUGUAUAGGUUUGCUUACUUUGCUUUUCAAUAAAGGAGCAUACUUUAAUUACUUGAUAAGUUAGCUUUUCACAAUAUAAUCAAGGUCUCAUAUAAACUCAUUCAUGUGAGAAGCCAAUAUUUUAUGAGCAACUGGUUCUAGUAAAGUCCAAAGUAAAAUUUGCAUAUAUAUGCAAAUGAGCACUAGCCAAAAAAGAAUGCUAUUUAGAAGUAAAUUUAAGCUUAAAAAAAAGAAAAAAGAAAAAAAGAAGAAAUGUAGAAAUCUCUUCCACUACUAUUUACCAAGUAAAAUAAAAGUUAUUAUUGAAGCAUUAAAUCUCACCAUUAAUGAGACACCAUAAGUAAAAAGAAAGUUACUUUUACUUGAGAUGUAUGCAUUGUAGUAUUGGUCAACAUGUUUCUCUCCUACCUAUUUUCCUGGACAGCAACUAAGAUGGUUGCUCUGCUUGAAAGAAAGUAAAAGUCUUUCGUGCAGCAAUUUAAGGUUUAAAAGUAAAAACAGCAAGGAUUAAGGUUCAGUAAAAAUAAGAAGUUAAGCCAGUGAGUGGCAGAUUAUCACCUCAGGAAAUUUAAAGUACAAAUUUGGCUGGUCUGAGUGCAGUGUCUUACUUCUUAUCCAACCAUCCUGGCCCCUGGCCUCAACUGCUCCUUUCCUUCCUUUUCUCUUUUCCCUUGGAUAACAGCCCAUUCUAGCAUUACCUCCCACUUUCACUGCAAUAAAAUCUCAACCACUCAUCUGUCACCCCUUAUUGGCAGUGCCAUGGUGACUACCCUCUCAGCGUGGAGUGCAGAACUAGAAAAAGGAACCUCAUACCCUUUAGUCCACCUCUUCUCAGCUUGUCUCCAUGAGCAGGGAUUUUUCUUCUUCUGUGGGGAAAACACAUAAAUCUGUCUCCCCAUCAGCUGGACAGGAAUCUGUACUCUCAUCUUUCACCCAAUAUAGACAUAGCCCCCAACAAUCAGUCUUUACCUGCCCCUGUAACCCAUCAUACCUGACACAAAAGAGGAGUCCAGAUAAUCCCUCUCCUAAUAACCCUGGGCAUCACAGCAGGGGUUGGAACUGCCAUAGGGACUUAACCACUGCUCUACCUAUUUUGAAAUCCUGUCUCAGGACCUACAAGAAACCUGUGGAUGCCCAGCAAGGGGCAAAACUGGGAAAACAAGAACCUCACCCCCAGGGUAACCUACUCUCCCCUUUCAUAUCACUAGUGAGGCAACGGAGACCCCUACUCUUUCCCCCCCUAAAAAUAACGUCUAGAUCUCAGUUGUAUUUCAGCUCCAGGCCCAGAAAAGCAGCAAAAUUACACAAGUGAUGCUGUGGCAGCCUCAGGACCAGCUUUUACCUCCCAAGUCACUCAACAGGACCACUUUCGAGACUUCACCAACCAGUCUCUUGGGAAAAUCAUGCUUCUGCAACUCUCAUCCAGCCACUACUCUCAGAGUCCGUUCCCCUGUGAUCUUGACGUCCCACCUCAGCAGGAAGCAAUCACGAAGAUAUGACCUUCAUCCCUAUUCCAUAAACAAAAAGGCUGGAAUGUUAGAUUUGAUUGAGCAAUUGAAUUGAUACCCCUCCCCCUAGGAACUGGCUUUUCAGGUCAUUUCACUAUGGUCAUUCCCUUUGCUCAGACCACAUUUCACUUCUAGUGACCACAUUUCAUUAUCUCCCCCUCCAGUUAUGCAUAAAGAAGUCUCCACCCAGAAAAAAUCCCACCAAAAGUCCUUUAAAGGCCUCUGACUCCUGUCACUGGGUGCUGGAGCCAUUCAGGCUCAGCCACCUGGUGUGUGGAUGAUCGAAUAAAUUCGCAAUCCCUCGCUA